AUGGCCAAUCCUCCGAGGCAUCUGAGACUGCCGUUCCUACGUCUACAACUCGCUGAAGCACGUGAGCGUUAUCUUACUAUCUUGGCAGCUUUAAUAGCUGAGGAAGAAAGGGUAAGGAGACGUCAGAGACGUCGACGUCGGUGGUGGGUUAGACCAUGGCUAGAGAGGCGCGUCAUGUAUGGUCAAUAUGAGACAUUGAUGGGAGAACUUGAGAGGGAGCAUGAAGGAGACUUCAAGUCCUUCCUCCGAAUGGAACCCGCAAUGUUCCAUGAACUACUGCAGCGGGUGGGACCACGCAUUGAAAAGCCAGACACACAGCGGCCACCCUUGAAACCAGGCUUAAAGCUAGCCAUCACCCUCCGCUUCUUGGCAACCGGGAACUCGUACAAGUCGCUAGCCUUUGAUUUCCGUGUUGCCCACAACACGAUUUCCCUGUUCGUGCCAGAGGUAUGUCGAGCUAUACUGGAAGAAUACCGUGAUGAGGUCUUCCGCACGCCACGCACACCAGCUGAAUGGGCAGUGGUUGCUCAACGCUUCCAGGACCGGUGGAACUUUCCGCAUUGUUGUGGCGCAAUUGAUGGCAAGCAUAUCGCCAUAAAGAAGCCACCGCAGACAGGCACCCUAUACUACAACUACAAAGGCUUCUUCUCAAUGGUCCUGCUAGGAGUGGUUGAUGCAGACUAUAAAUUUUUAUGGGCUGACGUUGGGUCAAAUGGCUCGGCGUCAGAUGCAGGUGUUUUCAACGGAUCUGUUCUGGAGCCCGCGCUUAGGGAAGGGAGGCUUGGGUUCCCCCAACCCGACCCUCUGCCAAACGACGACAGAGACACGCCAUACUUUAUAGUGGCAGACGAUGCCUUUCCCCUGCGACCCUACUGCAUGAAGCCAUUCUCCAAGCGUUACAUGCUCCGAGAGGAAAGGAUCUUUAACUAUCGGUGCUCACGGGCCAGGAGGGUGGUGGAGAAUGCUUUUGGAAUUUUGGCCAACAGGUUCCGUUGUCUGCUGACAACAAUGAACACUAAACCACCAGCAACGGUAUGGAUUGUUACAGGCUGUCUGACAUUGCACAAUAUCAUGAGAAUGCGAUACCCUAACCUACAGAAUGCCGACUUGGAUAUAGAAGGGGACAAUCACAAUAUUAUCCCAGGAGCAUGGAGGGAUGGCGCAGUCAUGGCAGAAGUUGAGGCUGCUGGUCGCGGACCAAGGCAGACUGCAGAGGGGAAAAAGCAGCGCCAUUACUUAAUGAAAUACUUUAACAGCCCUGCUGGGAGUGUUCCAUGGCAGGAUGCUGCUAUUGAUAGAUAA